CCACUCUUCCCCACCCCUUUCCACACACCCGUCCAACUCAAUCUCAGUUCGCCUUAAUCCCAACCAAACACAUCGAUUCCAAAAAUGCUUGUUAUUCCAUCACUUCAACUCUUCUCGUACAAUUCCGUUCUUGCUUUCUUCUCGUCGGGGAUUCGAUGUUGUUCGCACUUCAAUUCGAGACGCAGAUGCCGAAACAGAACAAGAUUCGAGUCUUGUUGGUGAGGACUCUGCGGCGUUUGAAUUGGGCCAACAGAAACUAUCUUCGUGGGUUUACUUUUCCGUUAUUCUCGGAACGGUGCUGUUUGUUCUCAACGUUGCUUGGAUUGAUGAUUCAACCGGUUUUGGAAAGGCUUUCGUUGACGCCGUUUCAGGUGUUUCUGAUAGUCAUGAGGUGGUGAUGUUGAUCCUAAUUCUCAUAUUUGCAUGUGUCCAUAGUGGCUUAGCUAGCCUCCGGGACUCUGGUGAGAAACUUAUUGGAGAAAGAGCAUACCGUGUUCUUUUCGCAGGGAUAUCGCUUCCUUUGGCUCUCAGUACCAUUGUGUAUUUCAUUAACCACAGAUAUGACGGAGUUCAACUAUGGCAGCUCCAAAGUGCUCCUGGGGUUCAUGAACUUGUGUGGAUCUCUAAUUUCAUCUCUUUCUUUUUUCUGUAUCCUUCGACAUUUAAUCUUUUAGAGGUUGCAGCAGUUGACAAGCCUAAAUUACAUCUCUGGGAAACUGGGAUCAUAAGAAUAACAAGGCACCCACAGAUGGUUGGGCAGGUUAUGUGGUGUCUAGCUCACACGAUUUGGAUCGGAAAUUCUGUGGCUAUUGCAGCUUCAAUAGGCUUAAUUGCGCAUCAUCUAUUUGGUGUUUGGAAUGGAGACAGGAGACUGGCUUUAAGGUAUGGGGAAGAUUUUGAGUUAGUUAAGGGUCGAACAAGUGUUGUCCCUUUCGCCGCAAUUAUCGAUGGCCGGCAAAAGCUGCCAAAAGAUUUCUACAAGGAGUUCAUUCGAGUGCCAUACUUAGCAAUCACUGCAAUGACACUAGGAGCAUACUUUGCGCACCCUCUUAUGCAGGCUGCUAGUUUCAGGCUUCAUUGGUAGGUAGCACAACACAACACAACACCUCCCUCUCAUUUGUGUGAAGAACAAAAUGUUUAAGAGGUAAACGCUAAUUCCACUUGCUGUUGUAUGUAUCAAUAUAUGGAGAUGAGAAAUCAACAAAGAAAUGAAUAAUAGAAUGAAAGUGAAAUGAAAUUGAAAUAAUUGAUGAAUA